AUGGCAAUGAAUUGUUCACUACGAGAAGAAAUUGCACGUCAAAUCGAACUGUAUACUUAUCCAUUCUUACUUGGUUUGGGGACAGUGGGGAAUCUUUUAUCAAUAAUUGUUUUAAUACAUAUGAGACAACAUAGUGUUUAUCGUUAUUUAACAUUUAUGGCUAUUGCCGAUACUGUUCUUUUAUAUAUUGGAUUAUUACGUGAAUUACUUUUAUCAUCAAGUUUUCAUGUUCAUAUACAAGGUACAUUAUUAUGUAAACUACAUGUUUUUUUCUUCUAUAAUACGUUGCAUCUUUCAUCUUGGUUUCGUUGUUGUUUAAAUUUAGAUCGUUAUGUUGCUGUAAAAUUUCCAAUAUAUACAUCGAAAUGGUGUCGGACACGACAAGCAUCAAUUAACUCAAGCGUUGUUUUCACUGUUUUAUCUUUAUCUAAUAUACAUUUAUUAAUAUUUGUUCAAGGUGAUGAUCAUAUUAAGAAUUUAGAUGGUCUCAAUUCUACACUCUCCACUGUUAAUCCAUUCCAAUAUCAACGAUGUUAUUUACAUCCAAGUUAUGUACACUUUUUUGAACACAUUUAUACAUGGAUUGAUAUGUUUCUUGUAACAAUAAUACCUUUUAUAUUUAUUAUUUUAUGUAAUUUAACUGUUAUAAAUCGUGUAUUUCUCGUAUCUUGUCCGGGUAAAAAAAAUGAAAUUGUUAGCCGUUCCAAAGCAACAAAUCGUUUACGUUCAUUAUGUUUAAUUAUGAUAUGUUCAUCAUUUGUAUUUGUUGCAACAACUUUACCAGNACGUUUAUGUGAUCGAUAUUUAAGUGAUUUAUCUCCUUUAAUUGACUCAUCAUAUUCUCAUGAAUUAUCAUUUCUUCGUGCUAAAGUUCUUGUUCAUCGUCAACAAGAUAUAGCUGGUGAAUAUCUUCGACAAUUAAUUGAAUCUCCCUUACCGGACUCAAUACAUAUUCGUUGUCGUUUAUUAUUAUGUGAUUGGCUUAAUGAAACUCGAUGUGAAACAUCAACAACAAUAAAACAACAACUUGAUACAAUAUCAAAUUCAAUUAAAAAUUUAGAUACAUCAUCAUUAUCACUUAUAUUUGAAUCAUAUUUAGCUAUGGCACAUUUUAGUGAUAAUGAAUAUCAACGUUUAAAUCAAUUAUUUCAUUCACCUAUGUUUGAAAAUAAACGUUUAUUAAUAACACGUAAUCAAAUUGAAUAUAAUAAACAAGAAAAAUUAGAUCCAUUAGGACGUUAUACAAAAGUAUUAAAACGUAGUUUAGAUAUGGAUAAAAAAGAAAUUGAUGAACAAAAAAAAUUACAAUAUAGUUAUUUAAUAUCAACAUUAAAUAAUUAUUUAAUAUGUUUAAAAUUAUAUUCUAAUAUAUCAAAAAAACAACAAAUAAAUCAAAAUAUCUCAAGAGAUAUUAUUAAAAAUAAUUCUGUACCAGAAAUAAUGAUUACAUCAAAAUGUCUUUCAUAUUGGUUUACUAAUUCAAAUAAUGAUGAAGUUAAUAAAACAUUAAAAAAAAAUCUUUCACAUAUUCCAACAUAUUUUUUUCUACCAUUUGUUUAUCAAAUGGCAGCAAGAAUGGCUUUAACAAAUGAUAAAUUACCAUUAUCAUUUCAUUCAAUUCUUUUAGAAUAUUUAUCACGAUGUAUUAUUGAUCAUCCUCAUCAUGUUUUACCUGUUAUAUUUGCUCUUACUAAUGCUCAUAAAGAUGCACAUAUUAAUCAACAACAACAACCACCAUCAUCAUCAACUACAACAAAAAAGACGAAUACUACUGGAGUUAUUCAAUUAAAUAAUGAAAUUUAUAAUGAUGCUCGUUCACGUGCUGCACAAUAUUUAUUAGAUGAAUGUGCAAAAGUUAAAUCACAACUUGUUGAUCAAAUGAGAAAAUUAAAUGAUGCUUAUAUUGAAGCAGCUUAUUGGGAUGUAUCAUCAACGAAAACUGAUCAACAAGGAAAAGAUACAAACGGAAAAAAUCCAACAUUUUCAAAACAUCUUCGACUUAUGCAUAUUAAAGAUUUUCAUCAAGUUGCUGUACCUACAAUAACAAUACCUGUUGCUAAUGAUGGUAUUUAUAAAAAUAUUGAAACAAUUAAAAAUUUUAAUUCAGAAUAUGCUAUGGUUGGUGGUGUUAAUGCACCAAAAAAAAUUUUAUGUCAUAGUUCAAUUGGUCGUCAAUUAUCUCAAUUACUUAAAGGAAAAGAUGAUUUAAGACAAGAUGCUGUUAUGCAACAAUUAUUUACUGUUGUUAAUCGAUUAUUAGAUAAAGAUGAUCUUACAUGUCAACGGUCACUCAAUAUUCGAACAUAUAAAGUUGUUCCAUUAACACAAAAAAGUGGAGUGUUGGAAUGGUGUGAAGGUACAAUAACAUUUGGAGAUUAUUUAACAAAAAUACCUGAUGGUGCACAUUCACGUUAUCAUCCAGAUGAUUGGACAGCUAUGGAUUGUCGACGACAUAUACAUAAAAGUACAAAUUCUGGCAAAGAUGAACGUAAACGUGCAUUUAUGCAUGCAUGUUCAAAAUUAAAACCAGUAUUUCGAUAUUUCUUUUAUGAAUACUAUAAUAAACCAAGUAUAUGGCAUAGAAAAAAACAAGCUUAUGCUAAAAGUGUAGCAACAUCAUCAAUUGUUGGAUAUAUUGUUGGACUUGGUGAUCGUCAUGUACAAAAUAUUUUAAUUGAUACACAAACAGCUGAAGUUAUUCAUAUAGAUUUAGGUGUUGCUUUUGAUCAAGGAAAAAUGUUACCAAUACCUGAAACUAUUCCAUUUCGAUUAACACGUGAUGUUAUUGAUGGUCUUGGUAUAUGUGGUACAGAAGGUCUUUUUAAAAACUGUGAAAUAACACUUGAAUUAAUGCGUCAAUAUGCAGAUACAUUAAUAACAAUUAUUGAAGUUUUUCUUUAUGAUCCACUUUAUCAAUGGCAAUUAUCACCACAAAAAGCAUUACAGCUUCAGCAACAAUUUGAUAAAACAGGUGAUUCUGUUGCAUCAUCUUUAAAUCGAUCCUCUGGAAAAGGAAGUAUGUUACCAUCAUCUUCAUCUUCAGCAUCUUCAAACAUUGGAGGAGAAUCUAUUACAACAGAUACAAAUAAAAUGGCUGAACGUCUUCUAUUAGGUCUUCGACAAAAAUUACAAGGAGUUGAACGUCUAAAUCAAAUGACAAUUAAAGCUCAUGUUAAUAUGUUAAUACAAGAAGCAACAAGUGGUUCUGAACCAAAUCUUGCUGAUUUAAAUGUUUACGGUGUUUUAACAGCCAUUCAAGGUUGUGAAGCAUUUCAAGAUCUUAUGAAUAAUACAAAAAUUCAACCAUGGUUUGAACGAAUGAAACAUAAAGUUGAACCUCAUUAUUGA